AUGCAAAUUAACUAUGAAUUUUGGUGUGAAACUUGUGACAAAGGUUUUCAAACAUUACAAAUUUUAGAUCAUCAUAAAUCACAACAUCAGAAAUGCAAUAUUGAUGGUUGCCAAUUUGUCGCUCAUCCCAAAGUAAUAACAAAGCAUAUUCAAAUGCAACAUUCAACAGGUUUGUAUAAGAAAAUUGCAAAUUUGAAUAAUCCUGAAGACAUACAAAAAUGGCGAGAAGAAAGAAAAAGAAGGUAUCCAACAAAAGAAAAUAUAGAAAAAAAAGCAGUUGAAAUUGCAGAGAAGUUAGAAAGAGGCGAAAAAAUGGGCAUUAAAUUUGGGCAGAAUAAUAAAAGGCAUAAUCAAGGACAGCCAACAAGAGCAAAACAACAUUUCGGAAAAGGAAAAACUCGGGAACAGCAUAAUAAUUUUAGU